AUGUCGCCCUCAUCAAACAUGGAAGAAUAUCGAAGCGGAGACCCAAGUCUGGCUUUUGUUGAUGAUGAAGCCGAAAAAGCUCCGACGUUUGAUGAUCCUUAUGAGGAGCGCAAGUAUGUCAAGCACAGGCUAGCACUAGGAUUCCGGGUGCUAGCAAAUUUCGGUCUUGCUGAAGGCGUUGCUGGACAUGUAACUGUGAGGGAUCCUGUUGAUCCCAAUAGUUUCUGGGUAAACCCUUUUGGACUACACUUCUCCCUUAUCCGCGACGAAGACCUGAUUCGCGUCAAUCACGAAGGUAAAGUAGUUGAUGGAGGAAAAAAUAGGCGAUUGAAUUAUGCGGCCUAUGCUAUUCAUGCAGAGAUACACAAGGCUCGCCCUGAUGUUCUCUGCGCGGCCCAUUCUCAUAGUACCUACGGACGGGCUUUUUGCGCCACCGGACGGACACUAGAUAUGCUCACGCAGGACUUUUGCGUAUUUUGGAACGAUCAUAUUCUGUGGUCGAAUUUUGCCGGGCUUGUACUGGCCCCGGCUGAAGGCAAAGCCAUUGCCGCAGCUCUGGGUACUAAGAAAGCAGCUCUUCUGGGCAACCACGGUAUCAUGACAGUCGGGCCCACCAUCGAGGCUACUAUCGCAUGGUUCGUGCUGCUAGAGAGAUGCUGUCAAAUCCAACUUUUGGCCGACGCGAGCUCGGCAGGAUCAGGAAAACCACUUUUGACGAUUGGCGAGCAUGAAGCUAAAUCCACCUGGGAGGCAGUUGGAACGACAGGCAAUGGGUACUUCCAGGGUCUCCCUCUUUUCCAGGUCGCGGAACAGGAGUUUAAUGAAAGGUCUUUUCUAGGAAAAGGGCUUAAGGCAGCCUGA